GACGUAGAACCUCCUAACUUAAUCCUCUCGCCACUUCCUCCCUUUCAAGUUUUUCCUUCAAGCGAAGUGAUUCCCUUCUAAAACUAGGUAAUACACAGCAUUUCUGUCCACGCAGAGUAAUUCGGUUUCCACGCUAGGCGUGCCGUAGACGGGACCGCGUGUUCGUUGAGCCGCGGACAACGAGAGAGCGACCGCUGCCGUGUUGAAAACCUCCAGGUCUGAAAAUGUCCACCUCAAACAUUAAUCCGCCCCGGGGUAUUCUUCAGCCGAAGAGCCCCCGGGUGAGAUCGACAUCGCAGCAAAACGAAAUUGCUGCCUCUUACUUCAUGAAUCCAGUAGUGAAGACCGCCAGAGUAGUUGAACCAUUUUCGUUACCGAAGUACUUGUUCCCUCUCAAUCGCAGCUCAGCCUCAAGUGCACGUGAUACUCCGAGAAAGCACGAACUGGAGAUUAACACCGUCCAGUCGAUCCUGACCACGACACCCCCCCUCAGUGUUCCAGAGUCGGUGAUUGACAGUGCUGCAAGUUCGCCGCGUUGUUAUGCGGGAUGGCCUGGAGACAGUGCACCAAGUUCGCCGCGGUCAGUUCGGUGGCAAGCGGCUGCACCUGCUCAUCCAAAUACUUCCGCUGGAGCUCUAGCUUGGUCGACAGAACCAGCGAAGUUGGUCGGGGUGCCUUCAUACAACGCGACAAGAGCCAACACUUCGCCUUCGACCCCAGCUGCGCCGAUCUCCGACAGUGUCGUAUACUGCGAACCGCUGCAGACGGCAGAACCGCAGCCGCUUUUAGACAAGUCUGGCAAGGUGUUCACAUACGACGAGAUCUACAAAAAAAGACAAGAAUUUCUUGACCUAACGGGCGUGGCGCAUCCUGAACAGCAUGCACAACGAACGCCGGCCAAGGGCUCUUAUUUAGAGCACUAUCCAGUUCCGCCACCACUUGACGGGCACAAUUUCAGUGGAGACGCUCUUCUGAGGAGUAGAUUGAACCCAUCCGACCCACUGUCCUACAGGAGGGAACAGGGCAACCCCGGUCAUCCGGAAAAGUUCUACCAUAACGACCUCAUGCUGGACAACAUCAUGAUUCCAGGGAAAAUGGGAGAAAUCUGCCCGGGUACCGUUUCCUCGUAUGUGGACGUGCCGAAUUUCGGACGCAUGCAAGGCCUCUUUGCAAAACAAGCGGAUGGCACGGUGUAUCCGUUGAUCACGUUACCGAAAAUGACACCCCACGAUAUCUUCAAAACUCUCGACAGGAUGAAGGCCCAGCGUCGAAACGCGCGCCGCAGAAACCCCUUGCAGGCUCUCUUCUGCUGCCAGAUAGCGGAGACAGAAGAAGAAGAGUACCAGUACAAGUAUCGGUUGUUGUAAAUGCGUUCAUCCAGCUAUUAUGCAGGUACCAGGUCAACAAGAAUUUCGUUUAUGCCCUACUCAGGAAGCAAACCUUAAAGGAGAUUGUUGUGGUAUUUGUACAGUUUUUACAAAACGUGUUGGGAAAAAAAUCUUCAGUGGAACGCCAGCAGCAAGACCAAGAUUGAUGAAGCGUGCUAAGGCGACCAGGUUCCAUAUUAUUUUUUCCUUGAAAGGUGGUGGCGCCUGUUUAUCUAAACUCAUCUUCAGGUACAUCGACAAGAGUUCAGAUGGAGCGGCGGGGAUUGAGUACUGGUCAGAGAUGGUUUGGGGGAUCGGCUGUCGUCUU